AGUCGCACACGGAACCCAGGUACGCCGGAACCCUAGGAAUAGAGCCGGGCCCCGGCGGAGGCGGUCCGUCUGCGAACUCUUCCGACACCAGCGACAUGAGGCUGUGGCCGCAGGCAUGGAGUGCUGUCGGGGGCGCUUGGCGCGAGUGCUUCCCUCUGCAAGGUCACGAUGUAGCACGCUGGUUCCCCGGCCACAUGGCCAAGGGACUAAAGAAGAUGCAGAGCAGUCUGAAGUCUGUGGAUUGUGUUAUCGAGGUUCAUGACGCCCGGAUCCCAUUUUCAGGUCGAAACCCUCUGUUCCAAGAGCUACUUGGUCUGAAGCCACAUUUGCUUGUCCUUAACAAAAUGGACUUGGCGGAUCUUACAGAGCAGCAGAAAAUUGUCCAGCAUUUAGAAGAAAAAGGCCUGAAAAAUGUUAUUUUUACGAACUGUGUAAAGGAUGACAACAUCAAGCAGAUUGUCCCAAAAGUCACGGAACUGAUCAGGUGCAGCUACCGCUACCACCGAGCAGAGAACCCAGAAUACUGCAUCAUGGUGGUCGGUGUCCCCAAUGUAGGCAAAUCCUCCCUCAUUAACUCCCUGAGGCGGCAGCACCUCAGGACAGGAAAAGCUGCCAGAGUGGGUGGUCUGCCAGGAAUCACAAGAGCUGUGACAUCCAGAAUCCAGGUAUGCGAGCGUCCACUGAUGUUCUUGCUGGAUACUCCUGGGGUGCUGGCUCCUCGGAUUGAAAGUGUGGAGACAGGCCUGAAGCUGGCCCUGUGUGGAACUGUGUUGGACCACCUUGUUGGGGAAGAGAUGAUGGCUGAUUAUCUCCUUUAUACCCUCAACAGGCAUGGAUUAUUUGGGUAUGUGCAGCACUAUGCCCUGGCCAAUGCCUGUGACCAAAUAGAGUGGGUGCUGAAGAACAUGGCUAUCAAGCUGGGGAAGACACGGAAAGUGAAGGUUCUCACAGGCACAGGUAAUGUCAAUGUUAUCCAGCCGGAUUAUGUCAUGGCAGCCCGAGACUUCCUCCGGACCUUCCGCAGUGGGCUGUUGGGCCAGGUGAUGCUGGACCGUGAUGUUAUACCUGCUUGUUGAUGACAUUAACCCCUGGACUGGCUGGCUGGAUUAUGGUCUCCUGUGUACUCUGUAGGACUACAGCUGGAGUGUUUAAUGCUUAGAACUAUUCUUCCAAUUCAAGAAACUCUCUGUGCUGGCACCUGAGACUCAGGCCCCAGCUCCAAAGGGCACUAUAUUCUCUUGUCUACUAGAGUCUGGUCAGUCCUGGAUACUAUCAUCAGGCCCCAGGAGUCCUGCAUAUGUGGCUUGGUCAGGAGGCUUUCUCAGUCUCAAGAAGAGAUUAGUGUUAUCUCAGAGGAGUCUAAGUUAUACUCUGUAAUUUAAAAAAGAUGGGUUAAAAGGCCCACUUUUUUAAAAGAAAAAUCUCUCUCUGGCUUCUCUUAUUUUAUUUUACUUUAUUUAUCUUUUUGUCAUUUUCAGACAAGUUUUCAUUAUGUGGCUUGGGCUGGUCUCAAAUACAUUUCCCCUGCCUUAGCCUCUUACAGGUGUGUGCCAUGACACCCAGUGAAAAGACCUAUUUUAUGAUGGCUUUUUCAUUGUGUACUUAGUAUGUUGAGCCCAUAAGUUAAAUCACCCUUCCACCAAUGAAUGCUGGGGAUUAGUAGAUUAGGGGACUGGGGUUCCUAAGUCAGAUUUUCAAGUGUCUCAAAGUUCUGCAGUGAGGGAGAAGCUUGUUACCAGCAGAGGGCUUUAUUUCACAACGAACUCCUCACUGAUAAAGUGCGCAGACAGACAGGAGGUUUACAGCAGUGAAGUCCAGGAGUGUCCUCCCCUCUUACACUUCAGGGCCUGUACCACAGGAGGCCUUCUGCUGUAGGCUCAACUUUGUACAGGCCAGAAGAUUACUGGAAGGGGAUCAUGUCUAGCCAUUGAAACCAUGGUGGCUACAGGAGCAGUGCAGAGGGCAUGGACCAGCAUGGCUGACCUCCAUGUACCUGUACUCACCUAGAAGAUGUUGCUGCCAGCAGCUUGCUGUCUAAAAAGAAAAGGCAAGGAGUUGGUUGAUACAGAUGGAAGUGCUGCUGGGCCAGCUGGGCUGUCCUUGCUCAGUAGUUCUAGUCUCUUCUGUUCAGUAUUGGCCUGGGCUUUUCACAGUUGCUGGACCCAGUGCUUGGAUGCUCAGCAGGGUCUCUGCUUCUUGUGGAUGGCUGAUAGCAGGGGCUAGCCUUCCACUGUUGUCUCUUGCUAUGGCUGCAGUAUAGUAAGUCUCCUCUGAGAUUCUCCAUCAGCAUCUAUAGUUCCUGCUAGUGGAGAAGGUAUUCAGAGUUGUGUGGCUGUGUCAAAUGCUGAACACUCUGGAGAAGUCAGAUUGGUGAAUGUGAAAUAAUCAUUAAAAAGUGAUAUGUUGAUAAUGCCAUAAUGCCAA